GCAGCAGCAGCAGCAGCAGCAGCAGCGGAGAGGGGGGGGGGGGGCGGGGAGGCACCACGAAGCGAUCGGCUUAUCCGCCGCUCGCCGAACUUGCAUUGCCGGAUGAGGUAGAUCAGGGAGACAAGCAGGCAGAGGCAGGGGCAGAGCCAUGAGUGGCCCGUUCGUCAAGCGGACCCAGGAGACGCUGGGGAGGGUGAUCAAGAAGCCGCCGCUGACCGAGAAGCUGCUGAGCAAACCGCCUUUCCGCUACCUGCACGACAUCUUCACCGAGGUUAUAAGGACCACUGGGUUUCUGAAAGGACUGUAUACAGAGUUUGAGAUGAAAUCUGAUAAUGUCAAGGAUAAAGAUGCUAAAAUUGCAUUCCUGCAGAAGGCUAUUGAUGUAGUGAUGAUGGUGUCUGGUGAUUCUUUGUCUGUGAAACCUGCGCGUGUAGUGGCUGGUCACGAACCAGAGAAAACUAAUGAGCUCUUGCAAAUAAUUGCAAAAUGUUGUCUUAACAAGCUUUCCAGUGAUGAAUCUGUGAGGAGGGUCCUUUCUGGUGAAAAGAUAGAUCUUAAAGCAAAAGCACUGUCCAGUUCCAAAUCACAGGGCAAAGAAAACAGAGAAAAAAAAGAUGAUGAGCGCAAGAGGCAGAAGGACAAAGAACAGGAGGAAAGGAAUGAGAAUGGAAUUAAGCACACCAGCGGAGACCGGAAAGAAAAGGAACAGUCAAAGGAACAAGGGAAAGCAAUGGACAGAGAAAGAGACCGACACAAAGAUGGUGAUAGACGAGAAAAGGGAAAGGAACAUGAGAAGGACCGAGCAAGAACAAAAGAAAGAGAUCAGGAAAACCACAAGAAUCGAGGGGAUGGAGAAAAAGUGGAAAAGGACAAGAAUCGAGAAGGAGAAAAAGUGGAAAAGGGCAGGAUUAGGGGAGAUGGAGAAAAGGACAAAGAGCGAAGCAAAGAAAGGGAAAGAAACAAAGACAAAGUGAGAGAAAAAAGGCAAAGAGACAAGGAGCGUGAGCAUUCGAAAGACCAAGGCAGAGAUCAAGAAGCGGAAAGGGAAAAAGCCAAAGAACAGGACAAGGCAGAUAGAAGGCUUAAAGUUGCACCUGAGGAAAAACCACACAAACUGCCUCCAGAGGUGAUGAAGAAAGACAGCAAAAUUGAUAUAGACCAAGAAGCUGAGAGCCCUAUAAGGAUACCCAGACCCUCAUCAGCAAAAGGCCAAAGACGAAAACCAAAAUCGGGAGUUGAAGAUGAGUCAGAUAUCGAAGGAGAUCUUGAAGCUGCCCACAAUUCCAUUGAGAAGAAGCAUACAGCUGAGGUGAAUGGAGAGAUUCCUGAUGAGCUUUCUCCCCAAGUUGCACAGAGCAGACGAAUACCUCGACCAGGAAGUGCAAGACCAGCACCUCCCAGAAUAAAGAAGCAGGAGAGCUCAGAUUCACCGUCAGAGAGAACUGGUAGUGCAAAGCCUGCAUCUAAUGUAAUUGUGGAUAAAGGAAAGAAUGUUGAAGAGGAAGAGGAUGAUGAUGCACAGUUUGUGGUGGACGAAGCAGUAUCACAGCUGCCAGAUAUGCCUGAGAUGGAACCUGCUACAGCGGUGGAACUGCAUGGCAGUGAAGACCAUGGUGUGCUUGUCAGGAAGAUUUUAGAAACAAAGAAGGAUUAUGAAUCUUCAAAGUCUGCAACAAAACCCAAAGACCAGGAAAAAACCAUCAUCUCCGAAACAGCAAAAAAGAAAGAGAGGGAACUUGUGGCCAAGGAAAUAGAAAAACUACGCACGUCCAUCCAGACUCUGUGCCGUAGUGCUUUGCCUCUUGGAAAAAUAAUGGAUUACAUACAGGAAGACAUGGAUUCCAUGCAGAAUGAAUUGUCAAUGUGGCGUAGGGAAAACAAGAAGCAUGCGGAAUCUCUUCUAAGAGAACAGAGCAUCACAGACACAGCUGUGGAGCCAUUAAAGACUGAACUCGCUGAACUGGAGCAACUGAUCAAGGAUCAGCAGGAUAAGAAUUGUGCUGUCAAGGCAAACAUACUGAAAAAUGAAGAUAAGAUCCAGAAGAUGAUUUCAAGUAUUAACUUCUCUUCGAGAACGUGAGGGAGGAGAGGCUGUUGCGCAGUCGGCACAGAAACCUGUAAUGCAGUUCAGCAAAUAAGGUGAAGAAAUGAUGCGGAGGAGGGACCUUGUAAGACAGCAGACUGACAAAUAAUGUGUACUUGGGUAAAAAAAGCAUUUCUUUGCAUUCCUAUCUCUCAAAUCAGUUGCAUUCCACUAGAGAGCUUAUUAUCUUACAUAGUUUUGAAGAAAACAAAUACGUACAUCAAAUAAAAGCAAUGUUUAUAAAUAGCUCGCAGCACUGAAAGCAGGAUUUGUCGUUUUCUUCUUCGCUUACCUUCUUUGGGCUGAAGUUCUUGCUGGUGACUUUAGCAAAAUAGUCAAUGUGAAUACAAAGCGGGAUGGUAAAAUUAUUGAUCAGAGGAAAUUUUAUCCCCUUUAUGUUUGCCUGAUUGUUACUCUUCCCACAAAUUUCUAAAUGUUUUCAGCAAAGCUGCAGUGUUCUCUGCAGCAAUAGAUCUUGCAGCACCAAGGCAAAAGAGCAGUCCAACCCCCUGGCCAUUGCCCAUGGUACUAGACACUACACCUGUGCUUGAGGCCAGGGUGGAAGCAAAAUGGGUUCAUCCAUACCACUUAAAGCUGAUGGACUAGGCCACCUGGAAGUAGGUUAUUUUAUUUUUUCAUUCACGGAUAUGAAAGUCUUUGAAUAGAAAGUAAUUGGGUAUUGGUGACCCUUUGCUGCAUCAUAAUGUCAUACAAGGGAGUGAAUUUUCCCGUAAUGUACAGGUUAGGUUUUGGUAAUACAGCAAUGCCUCACAGAUUCAAUGUACCCUCUAGUUCUAACAUUAUACACAUAAUGAAAAUGCAGCACAGUCUAUACAACAAUAGGUGAUGAACUGAAGCUGGUAAUUUGAUCUAGGCGAUCAGAUUCAGGUUCUUAUAGCCUUUGGCAUUAUGACUUAGUGUUGCAUCACCACUUCAAUAAGAUCACCAGGAAGUUAUCUGUUAUCUUUUAUUAAGAUGCUAAAUGUGAUUGGUUUUGGGACCAUUUUGGAUUACUUGAAUAGUGUCUACUAUUGCCUAUGAAAUAUCAUGAGCCCAGGCAAACACUGUGUGCUCAUAGCUGUGGACUGAUGAGAACAUAGAAUUCAUGUUUCUGUGAAGCAGAUGGGACAAGGCACCAAGUCAGUGAGGCAACCUGGUAAAUGAAAAUAGUUCCACUGUACUGACAUUGAUAUAUGUAUAUAGCUUCAUUAAAUAGUGAAACAGAUUGAUGCCCACUUGUAUCACAAAGCAUAGGCCUGGUUGAAUGCUCACUGGGUGGAAACAUUGUCAUUCAUUAACUAUACCCAAGUACACAAUGAAGUACUGAGCACUGCUUGGGAGCCAUAAUUGGUGAAAUAUGACCUCUUGGUUUACAGAGCCUUGAGUGUACAUUGAUGUCAGGAGACAUGAUGUAUUCUGAGCCACUACUUUAGCUAUAAAAGCAAUAACUGAUCACUGGAGCUGCAGACAGUUUGCGUAAUAGGUAUGGGGUGGUUGAGGAGCUAGGAUUAUGAUGAAGCUGAAGGCUAAAUUGGGAAUUGAUGUGAUAUACUUCUAAAAUUCUUAAGUUUAUUUUUACUUCUGAAAGUGAACAUGUCUAAAAAUACUGUUUCGAAUCCUUCACAUUCCAAACCAUCAACUGCUGUACGUCAAGAAUAUAUGCACAGUAGUUACACUUUUCCUUUUCCCUGCUACGGUAGGGAUAUUUUGGAUGGGGUGUGACUAUUAAGACAUCAAGUGGGUGCAGUACCUGGGACUUGACUUUUUGAAAUUUAAUGUUGAAAAACUUGUUUGCCAAUUUGGAAAAUAAAUUGUUAUCUUUAGCACUUGGACAUGUAAUCAGACCCUACUAUUUGUUUUCAAAUGCUUUCCAAUGGCCAACCUGUCGGAUACCCUUGCCUCAGUUUUACCAUUGAAGAUUAUAAGAACCCCCUCAAACGGAAUAGCAUUUGCUGAAAGAAAAGAGACGUGUCUAAACUUUCGUCUUGCUCUCAUCAGCACACUCACAAGUACACCGUGCACGAGUGCCAGAUAAAAAGCUUAGAGAUGCCUCUUUUUUCAGAAAAGCAUUGUUACAAGCUGAUUUUAUCCAGGACAAUUCUUGCACGUCAGGGGUAAAAAAAAAAAGCUCAUUUCUAUAUUAGGCUGACAGAUCCUAUAACAGCUGAA